UACAAUUACAUCUCACUCGAAAGACGGAGCACAAGGAGGUUAAGUGACUUGCUCAGGGUCACACAAUGAGUCAGUGGCUGAGGUGGGAUUUGAACCGGGGAUCUCCUGAUUACAAGCCCUUUUCUUUAACCACUAAUACACCUAGUUCCGUUACAGCAGUUUUUCUAAUGCACCAUUCUCUCAGCAGAUAAACGUCUCUACUGUAAAAUCAACCGAAUGUGAUGGUUAAGCCCGCGGCAGCAUCUGCUACCCCACCCCCGCCAGGUCGUCCCUCCCUCCCGCGAAGCUUCAGCGCAUUGCCCCAUUACAUCUUGUGUUAGAGAUUUCAGCACCGGGACAGAUCCUGUACAGUCUAUGGCAACAUGGCGACAGAGUUUCACAACCUGCAGGAGCUGCGACGGAGCGCCUCGCUGGCCACCAAAGUGUUCAUUCAGAGGGACUAUACUGAGGGCACCACCUGCCAGUUCCAGACCAAGUUCCCAGCCGAGCUCGACAGCCGCAUUGAGAGGCAGCUCUUCGAGGACACAGUGAAGACUCUCAACAACUACUAUGCAGAGGCCGAGAAGAUUGGGGGUCAGUCAUACCUAGAGGGCUGUCUGGCCUGUGCCACGGCCUAUAUCAUCUUUAUGUGCAUGGAGACACGUUACGAGAAGGUGCUGAAGAAGAUCUCCAGGUACAUCCAGGAGCAGAAUGAGAAGAUGUAUGCUCCCCGUGGCUUGCUCAUCACAGAUCCCAUUGAGAGGGGCAUGAGGGUUAUUGAGAUCUCCAUCUUCGAGGACCGUGGCAGCAGUGGCUCCAGUUCCAGCUCCAGUUCCACCUCCAGCAGCAGCGGCCGGUGACUGGAGGAACGGCCCCAGGGGUACGGGUAUCGGGGUGCUGGGGGGCUCUCCAAGAUCCGCAUGCUGAAACAUGAGAGCACCAGGUUCUGAGGGGAGCGUAGUCACAGCCAGGGCAUCACACACACACUCACACCACUCUUUCAUAGACUUUGUUUCCAUGGGCACACAUCAAUCUUGUUUUUAAUUGUAUUAUUAUAAUUAUUAUUAUUAUUUAUUUCUUAGCAGACGCCCUUAUCCAGGGCGACUUACAGUCGUAAACAAAUACAUUUCAAGAAUCACAGUGCAAGUAAUAAUACAAUUAAGAGCAAGAUAAAUACAAUGAUGAAUACAAUGACUUUGGUUCAAGCAAGUACAAGUGUGACAAAAUACAAUUCAAUAAUGCAGCAGAUAAGUGUCAGUGAUAGUUACAUCAGGAUAUAAUUAAAUACAAAAUACUACAGAUUAAACACUUGGCAGAUUAUAGUACUCUGAAGUACAGGAUUAAAUGCAGUAAAAUAGGGGGCAGAUAAGAGCAAGUAAAGCGCAUUUAAGGAAGGGUGAUAUGUGUCCCAGGGGAAAAACAGAGGAGUUCUACAGGUGCUUUCUGAAGAGGUGAGUCUUGAGGAGGCGCGGGAAUGUGGUCAGGGACUGGGCAGUCCUGACAUCUGUGGGAAGGUCAUUCCACCACUGCGGGACGAGGGUGGAGAAGGAGCAGGCUCUGGAGGCAGGGGUGUAGAGGAGGUAGAGCCAGUCUAGUGCAGGCGGAGCGGAGAGAUCGACUGGGGGUGUAGGGAGAGAUGAGAGUCUGGAGGUAGCUGGGUGCAGUCUGGUCAAGGCAUCUGUAGGCUAGUACAUGAGUCUUGAACUGGAUGCGAGCGGUGAUCGGGAGCCAGUGGAGUGAGCAGAGUAGUGGAGUUGCAUGGGAAAAGCGAGGCAGAGAGAACACCAGACGAGCAGCGGAGUUCUGGAUGAGCUGGAGCGGACGGGUGGCGGAUGCAGGGAGGCCAGCCAGAAGGGAGUUUCAGUAGUCUAGGCGGGAGAGUACCAAGGCCUGGACCAGGAGCUGGGUGACGUAGUUGGUGAGGAAGGGUCGGAUUCUUUGGAUGUUGCUUAGGAAGAAUCGGCAAGUGCGUGCCAGAGUGGAGAUGUGCUGGGAAUAAGAGAGGCAGGCGUCCAGGGUGACUCCGAGGUUCUUAGCGGAGGAAGAGGGAGAGAGCUGACAGCUAUCUACGGACAAAAUGGUCAACAGCGGUGUACAUUUCCUCUGCCAAUGUGCCUCAACCCUCCACUGUCUGACACAGGGAGAGGGUAGUGUUAGUGCCCACCCAAUCCAUGGCUUCUCAGAGACACUGCCAGUAAUGUGCCAUUAAGUGCCAAUUUUGAAGUUAAUUUUUGUCGUAGACCCUUGUCUCCAGGAACAGGGGGAGUAGUUUCACACAAGCCCCAAAACGGCAGAUUACAAUGGCUUUAGGUCACUAUUGAUCAGUGGCUUCAUAUUGACAAGCUGUUAAGCCACUCAGUCUUGCCUUGUGCCUUCAUGCUAGUUUGUGCAUCCCCAUCUAUAAUUGUUUUAGAGAGUUUGCCAUUGCAGAAGCUUUACUAUCGACUGUGCCACUACUUAAGGCCAUAGCAGUAAAAGUAGCAACAAUUGUAAAAAAAGGAUAGAUGUCGUCUAAUGGAUUUCCUCUACAGACACACUUUAUUUAAAACUUUGGAAACAAUGCUGUUAAUGUGCUUAGAGGCAGGCACAGCUCAAGACAGUCAUAUGACAGUGUACCCAUGGAAACAUCUUUCAUUUGUUUCAUUUAAUGUCCUUGAGUUUAAGUGUAUUUAUUUACUAAUGUAGUCAUUUGUUCAUCUGUUCCUUUAUUUAUUUAUUUAUUCAUUUAAUUAUUUAUUUAUUUAUGUAUGUAUGUAUGUAUGUAUGUAUUUAUUUAAAAUGUCAGGACUAUCACUAGUGUAGGCCUGUGUGCAUGCUGAUUCAUUAUUAAGAAAACUCUUCCCCUCUUGGCAAAGUGAAGCUUCUUGAAGAAAGUGGACCAGUUCACAGGAGGUAAACAAGUUUUAAACAUCCUUCAGCUUCAGCACAUCCCCCCUCCACACUGAAGUUCUGUGAAAUGGCCCACACUAGGACCAGGACCAGGACCAGGCUGAAUCCCUAAGGACCUGAUCCUUUGUAUAUUUGGCUUUCCCAGUUUAGGGCACCCACAAGUUUCCACACCAUAUUUGGAAAUAUGUCCUCCCUGUAUGAUUUGAACUUUUGUUUUUCAUAAUACUACUAAUAAAAAAUUUCCUUUUGCAUGUCUAAAUUCAGACACUGUUUUUUGUAUUUGUAUUUAUUUGUAUUUUAUUUGUGUGUGAGUGUUUACAUUUUCUUUCACCUGGCUAACUCCUCAGACUUCUUACAUUUUAUAAAAUUAAAUUAGUUGCGCAUUUGGCUUCAAGGCCUUUUUAAUCUGCACACCACAUUAGUAGCGCACGAUGCCUUCAUGUUUCAUUCCAGUGGAUACCCAGCCUGGGGCUGACUGAUGGAUUCUGAGCCACUGAGCCAGUGUAUAUUGUACAUGAGUACUGAAAUGCAUGAUAGUCUUCUUGUACAGAAGUGAAUGUGCUGUAAGUGAGUCGGAAUUGUAUUGAUGUUACAUAGGACUCCCUCCCCAAACAAUCAUGAGGGUGGGGCAAGGGGGUAUUACGGUAUAAAUGACAUGGUGGGGGAUUAUAAGGACAGGCAGAUUGAAUCUCUAAGAGGAAUGUAGGUGGAAGAUCAGAGUUUUAGUGGAAAAAAAUAAAACGUGACAGUGUGGCAUACGAUACCGAGAGAUAGAAAGGGGUUGGGUGGGAAUCCAGUGUAUUAUGGCAGUUUUGUAGCUGAUCUCAGGACAGUUAUGGGAAGGCAAACUUUAUUUUAAAUGGACACAAGGGGUACCCUCUACCUUUACCAUGUACAAAUUAAGUAUGAUCCGUUUUGUAUUUCUAAUGCACAUAGUGAUGUACCAACCCACAGAGAGAAGGGGGAAAACAAGUCUUCCUAUAGUUAGACAAUGAGAGAGCUGAGAAGUGGGCAGAGCUCACCUUUUAAUCUGUAGAACGGGAGAAUGACAUUGCAGGGGUAGGGGGGCUGAUACUGCACAUCAUCAACGCUACAAGCUGCCUUUGAGGUUUUUAAUGCCGUAACUUCUGGCUGUUGAAAGUUGUCAUGGCGAGUUGAUAACAACAGCCACUUUAGAAGAACUAGAUGAGGGUUUUAGUAAAUAGACUGAAUUGUAUUAGGAAGUCAGUUUAUGGUGUCAAGCUGUGAUGAGCUCCAUCGCUUGCUCGCUUUCUCUCCUGAUGUUUUGUUUCAGUAGUGACCGGUUCAUAUAGAUGAUGAGGAUAGGUAAUAGGUAUCAGGUGCUGAAGCAGACUGUAAGCCAAGACUAAGAUUUAGGUUUCACCAGAAAACGUCAUGUGAAAAUCUGUCCUCUGCACUUGUGUCCAGUGGAGUAGAAAAGAUUAGAUAUAACUUGACUGUUCAUUUGAACGAAUAUCAACUCUUAAUGGUGUUUAUACAGUGUCUGCAGAGCACACAGACAUUCACCAAUUAAGGGAUAAAUCCCAAGAACCUGGUCUCAGAUAAUAGCUGUUAAAUGAGACAUGUGUUCUUAAUGCCUGAAAGUUAGCUACAUGACCUGCUUUAACUCAGCUAUCCGAGGAGCAUAUUCCCAAAAGGGGAUAAAUGUUGUGUUUUAAUCCCAAAAUACUGACAAACACCAAUCUGUUGAAAUUAAAAUCACAAACUGUCAGUGUAAGUUCUGUCUUGUCUUCAUGUCAGGAAGACAGACUGUUCUAAGCAGUUCUUGAAAUCAGAUGUCAACAAUGUUUUCAAAAGGGAGAAAUUGAUAUGCUUAAUAGAGCCCUAGGACACAUCGAUUCAGGACAGCUUUGUGUAUGAGACAUGCAAUUGCUGCCUCUGCCUUUUGCAAUAAUCAGUUUCCAUGGGUGAAAAAAGCAAGCUAUUUACAUUGCUUUCAUUGAUCUGGACACUCUGAAUACUGAAACAACACUGUGGUAUGGUGACAUUGGUGACUGUAUGCCUAUUUGUUCACAUCAUGGCUGAUUAGAUAUUUAGAUAUGUGCUUAUUUUAUAGUAAAUAAGUUACUUUGUAUUAUUACUACCUAUGCCAGAUAUGAAUAGCAUAGCAUCACACAGGUAAGUCCUCCAGAAUUGUACAUCCCCCCCCCCAUUGGUGUUGUACAUAUACUAUUAAACAGGGAUAAAAAAUGUAUUGUGAUACAGUUUCGAGCCUUAUUCAGUAACAUUUUCGACAGCUAUGCAUCUGUUUGCGAUAUGAGCAUGUUUAAAAAUAAAUCCUGAUAUUUUCUUGGCUUUACCUACCACUAUAUUUGUGUGCAUUAUAUAAUUUUUCUUUGAACUGUAUUCUAUUAACCGCAAGAGCACCGAUACAGUACACAACAGCUGGAACUUUCCAUUCCAUGCAAACUCUAUGAAGUUAAUGACUUAUAGAAACAGAAGUUACAAUGGGCCCUAUUCACAAAAAAUGUAAGGACUGUUUAAAGGAAUGUGUUGAUAAAGCCCAUUCUGAAUAGUUAAAUCUAGAUUGUAGUUCACAAGUGUUUAUUGAGAUUCAUGUAAGAUAAGGCUAUUCUCUCUUAUUUUUAGCCUGUAUGACUCACCUUUUAUAAUAGCUUCAGGAAUCUUUCUCCCCCGUAGAUUUCACUGUCAGGGUGCGUGUUCUCUAAUGGAAUCCAUUCCAUACCACCCCCCUUUCUUUAGUGAGGUUUCUAGUAGCCAGAUGCUCACUGGAAAGGAGAAUCCAGACUCUUCACUCCCAAUAUUUAACUCUCUGAGGAUUUGUUCUAAUAGCUCAUUUUGUGUGUAGCUACAUCACUAUCACUAUACACAACCAUCAUUCCAUUCAACAGAUUCAUAUUGGAAUACUCUGUAUGUUAUUUAUAUAUUCCAUAUGUUAUUUAUAUAUUUAUAAUAUAUAGUAGACGCUAAUAAACAUGUGAUACAUGUGAUGAAAUGUCUAUCAGAUAGUUUGUAUCAGAUGGAAAUUAUACUGUAUAUUAUAAAAGCACAACUAA